AUGGCAGCCCGGCUCGUCCUGAACUACAAGGCAUUGCCAUAUACAACAGAAUGGCUUGACUUUUCCAACCUCAGUACCCACAUGAAGCCUCAUGUGAACCCGAACGAGCCGCCUUUGAGCCCGCAUACCGUACCCUGCAUCCUGUUACAAGAGGGCGAGACCACAAGAGGGAUCACGGGAUCAAAAUCGAUUGCCGAGGAAUUAGAGAAGAAUUUCAACUCACCUUCACUUCAAUUCGACUCAGAAGAAUCCGCCAGGAUCGAAGAAUUGGCUGAGAAGCUACUGAUAAGCAGCAGGCCGUUAUGGGCACAUCUGUUACCCAAGAAACUUCUUGUCCCAUCAGAUCUGCAAUAUUAUGCAGACACACGAGCCAAAAUGUUUGGAAUGAGUCUCGAUUCAUAUUAUAUUGAGCACGUCAGCCAGCAGCUUUGGUACCAGCUUGAUGCGAUGUGUCAUGAAAUCGCAGAGGCACUGGCUGAGACUCCAGGACCGUUUUUGAUGAAUUACCACCCCUCGUACGCAGAUUUUACUGUCGUUGCUCUUCUUCGAUUCUUCAGUUGUGUUGAUGAGACUAUGUUAGAUCACUUCUACAGUGCUGAACCGCAGCUCCUCAAGUUGUAUGAGGCCUGCCAACAGUGGCUUGAACGUGAUGAUUGA